CCGGUGUAAGUAGGCCUUUAAAAAAAUGCCACGUGGGUGUUCUUGACACUGACAAAACGAUACAGAAAUAAAAAAUAAUUUAAAAUUCCACCUUUCAAGAAAAAAGAGAGCAAAGUAAGAAUGGCAAAUAAUAAAUACGCGGUUGGUCCAGUCAACUACGAUAAAUAUAUUACUUGCCCGUACGACAGUGCCCACCGUAUAUUGCCAAUCCGUAUAUCUAAACAUUUGAUAAAGUGCUCCGGGAAUCCUAAGUUGAUUAGGUGUCCUUUUAAUGUAACACACGUUUUCUCGGCGGCCGCCAUGAAGGAUCACGUCAUCGAGUGUCCCGAUCGCUCUUCCUUGGAGCGCUAUAAGAUGCCGGACUCGUUGCCCCCUGCGGAGCCGCGAGCCAACAAAUUUGAGGUCGAGACCGAGGAAGAUUGGGACGUGGAACCGCCUGCUAAGACCUACAAUCCCAAGAAGUACUGCGAGGAAGCUAUGGUGAUAGUCAACCCGCAGGGAAUUCCACCGGCCGCACGCCGCGAAUUUCGGGAGCGCGAACGCAAGCGUUUCCUGGAGAACAACAAGUUUUAGAUGUCAGUUAUUCAUCAGUUAAAACCAUAUUAUAAGCAAUGUUAAGAACUUACAAA